CCCUUUUCUUUUUUCUUUCUGUUUCGAUUUCAAACUGCUGUUGUAUAAAUGGUGAAUUGGCUCGCUGCUUCUCUGCUAGCCGCUGCAACAGCAGUUUCCGUACGAGCAGAUACGCCGUCAGGUCGUGCUAAUCAUGGUUGCGCUCUACUUGGAUCGACAAUCUUUUGCUACGGUGGUGCAACGCGAGCUGCUGAUGGAACCACUACAGCAUUAAAUAGCAAUCUUUUCUACUACCUCGAUCUAUCUGAGGAAAAGAGCGUCACCGAUCUUCGCGGUUCAUGGACCGCAUUCAGCGGUGGAAACGUCGGACCGAAUUACUAUUUUGCAAUUACAGCAUUACCUACCGGGAAUAGCUUUGUAAUUGAUGGUGGCCGUGGAGCUGGAACGGAUGGGCUUACUACCCAAGCAAUUACAGUCUUGUUUAACGCAACUGGCCAAGGAUCAUGGAGUACAGAUAUCCCCUCUGGUGGCCAUCCUCUAGUAGACUCUCAUACCGCUGUCUCCGAUGCAGACAACAAUGUCUAUCUUAUAGGUGGUAGGAGUAGCGCUUUCUAUAGUAACAUCACGGGUCCCAUGCAAUUUCCCACACAAAUGGCAAUUUUUCGGCCACCUGAAACAUGGAGCUCAACGCCAGCUACUUUACGGUCGACCUCUACUCAAACCCGAUUACACCACAAAGCUGUGAUGGGACGAGACGGACAUACGAUUUACUAUGUUGGUGGUGUUUACCCUGCUCAAGCAGCAGAACAAGGAUCAGCUUAUUACUAUGGUCAUGUCCCAAUGAACGAUAUCUUGAUCUAUGACACUUCAAGCUCAACGUGGAGCACUAGAAACGCCACCGGUUUACUACCCACUCCUAGAAUGGAUCACACGUUAACCAUGAAGCCUAGUACUGGAGAGCUUAUUGUAUACGGAGGAACGCAGCUCGAUUCUUCGCAACCUAUAGGUGACUUUUUCUAUAUUUUAGACACGCAGGAUAUGACCUGGAGCAACCAGUCGCUUACCGCUGCCGAUGGUGCAAAUGGUGCUGGUGCCCGAUUUGGGCACGAAGCUGUUCUCGUUAACAACAGCAGCUUAUACAUUAUCUUUGGUGCGAAUCAGCAAGGAUCUACACCAGGAUUAUUCUUACUUGACAUCGAAUCUUACCAGUGGCAGGUGACUUCACCUGCUGUUCACGUUGAUUCAUCGGAUGGAGGGCCAAACGGAGGAAUUGGAAAUGGCGACGGUGAUUUAUCAUCUGGUGAUGGCGGCGGCGACAGUGACAACAUUGGAACUAUAGUUGGCGCAGUAGUCGGAUCGGUCGCUGGAAUUGGAAUUAUCGGUGCGGCUUUGUUCUUCUUCCGCAGACGACGCUCCUCGAAAAAUAAUCAUGAUGGCAAUUUGGGAAGCAGCGAUCAUAUGAUGUCUACACAUCCUAAAGAAGAAGCAAACGAUGAAAGUGCCGCUUACCGUGACGACGACAGCUACGCCAUGGAAAUACCGACACGUCAAUUCUUGCCAGCAUACACGUCUGGUAAGCCAGACGCCGUACCUGAAGGUGAAGAGCAGCCUCCGGCUCCUCGUUUAGUCAUGCAGGCCGUUAAGCCUGACGGAGCAUGAUGGCUUGAAUAACUCUUGUAUUAUUAUUAUUACAAAAACAGCAUACACCAUACACCAUACAAAUUUUGCCAAUAUUUAACAGCUAUAUCACUAUGAUACUAUCCAUACGCAUUAUUAAAUCUCACCUAUUUUCUUGCGAAGAUUAAAGCUACGCGUUAUUUCUGAUUACA